AUGUGGUCAAAUUUGUCUCAUGAAAUGACUGCAGAGUUUCGUGGUCUUUGUGAGGAGGAUACUUAUUUGCAGCAAGAACCGGAAAAACAUGACUUGAGGAACAAAGUGAAGUUGGAAGGGGAGCUAUGGGAUGAUCUUGUCUCUACUUCAAGUCCAAAUUCUCAUUUGGUUUCAAAGGCCACUCGCUUGUGGGAGUCUAUAUCAUCACGCAAAAGUCAGCAUGAAGUUCUUGUUUCAGGACCUAUUGAGGAUUUGAUAGCCCAUCGGGAGCAUAGGUACCGCAUCUCUGGAUCAUCUUUGCUUGCAGUUAUGGAUCAGAGUUCUCAAGUUCCUUGCUCAGAUGUCUUAUCUGUUCAGUCUGAGGGUUUGAGUAACAAAGAACAGAAUGAUGAAUGUAACACACAGGUCAACGAAGAGACAUUUUCUCGGGUGGAUGAUAGAAAUGGAAGAGUCCACCAGACUGUUGAUGUAGCAGAAAUUAUCAGACGUUGGACGCAUGCAUUACAACGCAUUCAUAAACAGUCACUUCAGCUGGCAAAGGCUAAUGAUGCAGAGGGUCCUGAUAUUUUACGAAGUACACAAGAUGGUGUCACAAUUAGCCACGCUGAGUCAUUGGCUACAACUCUUGCUGAGCAUCGACAACACCUGGCUAGCUUUCAGGUUUUUAAUCUAGUUAAUCAUUACGCUGAUGGUCCUAGAAACAUACUAGUGCAAUGUCAAUUAGAUUUUUGGAAUCUUCAAGAACCUUAG